AGUACCAUUAGCGUCGGCCUCCCUCACAACCCAACGGAGUAUAACCUUUAAAAAAAAAGCAAAAAUACCAAAAAGACUACUCUCAUCACUUCCCCCCCUUUCUUUUAUUCCUCACCACCGUAACAAUGAUGGAGGAGCACCACUCUCAGGGGUCGAACGACGACCUGCAGAACGUCAGUGACGCCGACCGCUUCCGCCGUAACCAGGGCACUAUCCUCUUCGUUGGUAACCUUCCUUUCCAGACGCCGUGGCAGCACGUGAAGGAUCACUUCCGCAACGCUGGCAAGGUGCGCUACACGGACCUCAUCGCCGACCGCACGGGCCGCCCCAAGGGGUCCGCGCUCGUCACGAUGAUGACCGUUGAGGGCGCUGACAACGCCAUUCGCAUGUUCAACGAGACGGAUUUCGAGGGCCGCCGCCUGAUUGUGCGCAAAUUCGACGACGGCCCGCGCCCGCCGCUGGUGCAGCGCGAGAUGAUGCCGGCCUACGGCAACACCGCCGCCCAGCACCGCGGUGGCCAGUUCACCGCCGGCGGCUACUACCCCGGCACGGCCACCGCCAACUUCAACCGCCCCAACAUGCCGAGCACCGCCUACAACCGCGGCACCCCCUACCAGGUGGGUGCGACGGAGGUGCUCGACAUGAACGGGCAGGAGCCACUGCCGAAGCCGCGCAGCCAGCAGGUGCCGGAGGUGGGCCGCAAGCUCUUCGUCUCGAACUUGCCCUUUGACUGCACAAACGGUGCUCUGCGUGAGACCUUCCAGCAGGUCGGCGUGGUCGAGCGGGCGGAGAUCAUUCUCGGCCGCAACGGCAAGAGCCGCGGUAUGGGUGUGGUGGUGAUGAAGAGCGAGGAUGAGGCCGCGGUGGCGAUUGCCGAGUUCGACGGCAUCGAGAUGGCCAACCGCGCGAUGAACGUGCGCCUCGACAACAAGUCGCAGUAG